UUUACGUCAGUUCGAACCGAAGUUUUGUCACGACUGGGCCAUUUCCCAGAACAUGGGUUCUUCGUUGUUCCGGCCUAUGCAGCCUAACAAGUUCGACGAUCCUCCGGUGGCCGCUCCCCCCGCUCCCCCAGAUGCGUCCGAAGCGCCGACCUCCCCAGAGCAAGCGCCCUUGUUUAAUAACUGCUGGAGUUGCCGGGUGCUCUCCGGGUCGGGACUGAUAGGGGCAGGCCUUUACGUGUACUUGGUGGCGCGGAAGCCUAUGAAGCUCGGAUAUGCUCCGGGUCCAGGCCCUAUUGCCCAGAUGGUCAUCGGCAUCAGCAUUGCUUGUUGGGGUAUAGUUAUCCUGGCAGACCCUAAAGGAAAGGCCUACCGGGUUGUUUGAAUGAACAAUGAACUUGUCACCUCUUACCACUGGACCCAUUACACAGGAAGCAUGGGAUUUGUGGUUGUUCUGGACAGACGUGUGGAGGAGCUUUGUCUUCACUAUUGGGAAUACUACAAGACUGAAAAACAAUGAAAACAUUGGUUGUCAUACCUUGACUGUGAGUGUGGCUUUCUUGUCAGGUUUCAGAGGGAUCAAUAAAUCCCUUAGAGAAGAAAAUGAUUCUGUGUCCUAUCUGGGGAAGGAGGGUAUAAUUUAAAUUUUACUUAAAUAUAAUUGAAUUUAGUUAAAUUAUGAUUUGUUAAUAUUAAAAUGAAGGAAAUGAUAAGCCAAUAGGAAAAUGAGCUAUUUUAUUUCCUAAUUAUAGUUCUUUUUAUCCUGUAAUUGGAUUAACACCUGUUAUCAGCCUAACCCUUGAUAAACACAUGAAACUAGAUCUGAAUACUCCUUAUGCUUUCCGAGGUGUUUUUAAAUUCAUCAUUUCAUGAGAGCUUCAUUGCUAAUCUGACUUUUUUAUUGAUAAGCCUUAAAACAAUAAUCCAAGUGAUUUGCUCAGGGUUAUUCAGAAAAUCAGUGCUGUAUCUAGUACUUGUUUUUGUCUGGUUUUCCUGUUCUAGUCUUUCAGAACUAGAAUGGUACAAGGAGUCAAGAAUCACUUUGAUGAAACAACCAUAAAUGUCAAUAUACAAUGAAAGAUUUGAAUGCCAUAAUAAAAUUUAAGAAAAAUUCAAAACUUUUAGUAAAAAAACAUCCUUUGAUUUCUUUUCAUAAGAACAAGAAAUAUUUGUAAUGGAAUUGAGAAGUUUUUGAGAUAAAAACUCAAAAUUAGUUCAUUUCUAAGAAAACGUUUCACUUGCUCCCGUUGGGUUUUUUCUUUCUGUUUUGUUUUAUUGGUUUCCCACCCCCUCUAGAUACUGUGGCUUCUCCAUAAAGUUAUAUGUAGCUUUUUUCAAAGCAGAAAGAUAUUCUCAAAUUCAGCUGCUACUCAUAGUGCAUAUGUUUUGAAAGACCUGUUAAGCAGGUAGUACUUUUAAGGCUUUUACUUAGCUUUGUAUAGAAGUACCUAAGUCUGUGAAGUCUUGUGGUGACAUCAAGACUCUUAUAAAGUGUGUACAUCCUGAUCACUAUAUGAGUAGUACUAUAUAUGUAUUAAGCAAUUGAGAUGGAAGACAUUUCAAACAACGUAAAGUAGACAGCAAGUUAUUCUUUAUGUAAAGUGUACAAUUCUGUUAUAAGAUGAUAAUGAAUAUAGAAGUUUUAAGUUGGAAAGGAUUUAGAAACCAACAAAGCACGUGAUACACGGUCAUUUAUCCCCUAAAAUACCUAUGAAUCAAAUUGCCCCUACUUUAGAAGGCUAGUCAUUCUAUUGAUGGACAACCAUACUUAGAUUAAGCCAAAAACACAUAAUUCCAAUUCACUGAUUUUGACUUGACCUAUUGUAGAAAUAGCAUAAAUCUUAAACUAAUAUAUAGGUAGAACUUGGAGGUUUGCUGUUUGGGUCUAGACCACUACAGUAAAAUGAGUCAGAUUUUUGGUUUCCCAGUACAUAUAAAGUGUGUUUACACUACAUUGUAGUAAGUACAGUGACAAAUGCACAACAGCAUGUCUGAAAAACUGUUAUAUUUAAAAGAUUAUUGCUAAAAGAUGCUUAUGAUCACUUGAGUCUUCAGUAAGUUCUAAUCUUUUUGCUUGUGUAGAGUCUUAAUUUAGUGUUCAUAGCUGCUGAGUUAUUGUGGUAAUCGCUAAAUGCAAUUUUCUUAAAAUAAGACUUCUCUGUAGUGUGCAGUGUUGUUUAGUAGCAUUUUACUUAGAGUAGAACUUCUUCAGGUUUGAGGUCAAACCCUGCUGCUGUUUUAUCAAUUGAGUUUAUGUGAUACUCUGAACCCCCUUAUUGUCAUUUCAACAAUGUUCAUUCAUAGCAUCUUUACCAUAGAUUCCAUCACAAGGAACCAUUUUAUUUGAUCAGCCAUGAGAAGGAACUCCUUGUUAAAAGUUUUAUUAUGAUAUUCAAUCACAUCUACAGGUUCCAUUGCUAAUACUAGUUCUUGGUAUUUUCAAUACAGCCACAGUUACUUCCUCCACUGAAAUCUUGAACCCCUCAAAAUUGUUCAUGAAGGUUGGAAUAGACUUCUUCCAAAUGCCAGUUCAUUUUGAUACUUUAGCCUUCUCUAAGUCACAGAUAUUCUUAAUGGCAUUGAGGAAUGGUGAAUCCUUUCCAGAAGAUUUUCAACUUUCAUUGCUCAAAUCCAUCAAAGGAAUUGUUGCCUUCAACACAUGUAACUUCAUGAUAUGAAAGUCUUAAGUAAGAUUUGAAAGUCAAAAUUAUUCCUUAACGUGUGGGCUGCAGACAGGAUGUUGUAUUAAGAGAUAUGAAAACAAAUUUGUAUAUCUCUAUUGGAGCUCUUGGAUUACCAAUUGUAAUGUCAAUGAGUGGUGAUAUUUUGAAAGGAAUCUUCAUGAGCUGUAGAUCUUGACAGUGGGCUUUAAAAGAUUAAGUAAACUAUGUUGUAAGCAUAUGUGCUGGUAUCCAGUAAUAUUCCAUUUACAGAGCACAACAGAUUUAGUAUAAUUUCUAUGGCCCCUUGUAUGUUCAGAAUAGUAAACAAGUGUUAAGUUUCAACUUAAAGUUACCUGUAUUAACCCUUCACAAGAAAUUCAAUCUGUACUUUGAAGCCAGGCAUUGGCUUUUCCAAGCUAUGAAAGUCCCUGAUGGCAUCUUUUUCUAAUAUAGGGUUACUUGGUCUGCAUUGUAAAUCUGUUGUUUAGUGUAGCCACUAUCAAUAAUCUUAGCUAGAUCUUCUGGAUAACUUGCUGUAGCUUCUGCAUUAGCAAUUGUUUUUCAGUGUGAAUUUUGAUGUUAUGAGAUGCUGACUUUUCUUAAACCUGAGCCAGUCUGCUAGUUUCAGAGUUUUCUUCUGCAGCUUCCCAUCAGCUUCCAUAGAAUUGAGAAAUAGGGUCUUGGUUUAGAUUAGGCUUUGUUUUAUGGAACAUAACUGGUUUAAUCUGUCCAGAAAACUAAAACUUUUCUCCUUAUAGCAACAAGGCUGUUGAAUUUUUUUUACUUUUACAUUCACCACGACAGCACUUUUAAUGUCCUUUGAGAAUUUUCCUUUGCAUUCACAACUUGGCUAACAGUUUGGUGCAAGAUGGCCUAGCUCUGUGCUUAUUUGGUCUUUUGACAUUCAUUGCUCCCCAAACAUAGUCAUUUCUUUUUAAUUUGGUAUAAAGUGAGAGAUAUGUGGUUCUUCAUUUUUCUUUAACACUUAAAGCCCAUUUUAGGUUUAUUAGCCUAACUUCAAUAUUGUUAAUUAAAAUUUUACAAAAGCAAAAGUGUUUUUCCAAGUAUAUUUGCCUACUCACCAAAUAUAUUUAGUUCUUUGUGACUUGGAGCAAUUUAAUUGGGUAUGAGCAAAGUAUCAUCCUAUAACAUCUAUAGGCAGUUAAGUGGGAAGUAGUGUAAGAAAAGGUCAGAAUUUGGACUUAAAAUGUAGUUUUUUCAUCUUUUGAAAUAUACACCAAAAUUUUAUUUCUGUCAGUGUUAAGCCAGAAGUUCUAGUUUAUUUUAAAUAUGAGUCUCUUCUCAGAGGUUUCAGGGAAAAAAUGUCAUCACCCUAUUUCUCAAUGUAGGAAAUUCACUUAGUUCCCCCAUUAUCUUCCCUUGUGUUGAGAAUUAGAUGGGGGUAAGCAGAAUAAACAGGCUCAAGAAUCAAUGUAUUAUUACUCAGUAAUAUAAAAAUACUGAUUAACUAUGAUUUAUAGGCUUUACAAUCUCUAUACAGCAUGGAAAUAAGAAUCUAUAAAGGUUCAUAAUUCUUGAAUAAGGAGAGAAGAGAAAAAUUAGUAAUUAAAAAUGCACAUAAACAUUUAUUUGGAACCCAGAAACCAAAAUGUAAACACUGAGGUUUUUAUGAGUGUCCAAGAUAUCUAUUAGCUCAAUCUUUACAUCAUGGAUAUAAACUUUGGCAGCUUGAGAUAAUCAAGAACAUCACCAUUUUUUAGGUGUUCACUAAUCUGGAGUCUGAACAGCUAGCAAUGUGUGUGAAUAUAUUAAAAGUCCCAAACUUAGAUAGACUCUCAAGGAUCUUGGUAGGUGGGUGUGUCCGAUGAGGAAUAUCUUUUUUCGUAGGCCAAUGGAUGAGACAUGUUGCUUGCAACCCUAGAGUAUACCAAAUGCAGGCCAAUCUCAGACAUUCUGGAAUUCUACCUGGCUGAGACUAGUUGCAGAAACAACUGUUUCUGAAAGCCCUCGAUGUUGAGCAUAUCAAUCAUGAUUUGUACUUCACAUCCACCCUCAGCUUAACAUUUGUUCCUUUCUCCUUUUUAUUACCAGUUCCUCUGCCUUACCAUGUCUGAAGCAGGGGCAUCCUGAAAAAAGCCAGUUGACAACAAAAUAUAUUGCUUUUAAAUAUAUAUCAGGGCAAGCAUAUGUUCAAGUACCCCCUCAAACUAGACUUGGCCUCAACUGAUAUAUCACUAGGGCUACAUUGAUUAAACUUGACACUUCUCAAAUCUUGAUGAAAGAAAUAGUAAGCAAUUUUGAGUUGAAAAACU